CUUGUCGGACCGGGGUAAUUUUUUCUUUCUACUCUUUUCUUCUCCCUCUCCUCCACCUCCCUCUUGCCUUCUACAACAACUCACUACUAGCGCCCUCUCACUUCUCUUAUCGCUUGAACUCCCCCUCUUUUAAAUCUCCCCUUGCAGAUUGACCUUCCACGUGGGGGAACUCUUCUCCCGGGACUACGGGGCGGAGUUGUGCUUAUCGGAGAUGCGCCCACGCAACACACGGUCCUUAGCUUCGUGAUCACUGCCUCCCCCGCGCUUACCUCCUCUCUUCCUCUUCCCCGCUUCAUUGUACUUCCCUUCAGAUCCAUUCCUCCACAACUCCAUAGUCUCGCCCAUUUCUCAAACCAGCGCCUUCUCCUAAACCUCCUAUUCGCGACUCUAUACCGCGGCUCUUCGUUUGCGCCGACAACCCUCCUAACUUUCUCCACCCACCCUUUUUCACAACCGACUCUCCGUACCCAAACAGCCGGUGCUCGCGACAAUCAUGCGCAGCGCGACUCGUUCCUAAGCGCUCCCCCAUUCACACGAGUUCGGAGGGCGUGCGAUCUCCAUGGCGCGCUCCGACAUUCAAUAUGGCCGGGAUCCGGCCGUCCCGGUUUCCAAGACCCGAUGGUCGAUCGACUCCGGAUCACGAUCGCUGUCCCAGCGCCACGUGCGGAAGGGCUCCAAAGCCUCGAGCAUGGAAGAUCGGGGCAGCCUGAAGAACGCCGGCCUGGUCCCGGCAUACAUAGAUCCUGAUGUGUCGCGAAAGCCAUUGCCUUUUCCGGAAUACUCCGACCAAGCUCAGUCUCCAGAGCCGACAGGACACGGCUCUGUGCGCUCAACCAAGACGACACCCGGAACGACUGCAAGUGACUUUGCAGGGAGAUUCGAUUCGACCGUGUUCCUGUCGAGCGCCGGAGCGAAUGAUUUUGCAGACGGCCUCGACCAUCGUUCUCAAAAGAGCAAGCACGUGAAACCGAAAGUCCAUAUCAAACCCAUGCUCCGAAAGAUGUCUCGCGACGAUCCACCCUCCCAGUCGAUUGACCUCUCCCGCUCUUCAACCGAGCAGGAGGGCUUGGGCAUCUAUUUAAAUUUCGAACGAGAGCGAGAACGCCGCCAAAGUGAGUCGCUGACUAGCGCAACAUAUCGCCGAUCGACUUCCGGCAUGCACCACCGAUCGACUAGUGGGACUUCGCAAUUUUCGACCGCAACUGGGUCGAGCGGAGGGAAACCGGGGUCGCAGUACGUGUAUCCGAUGCGCCCAACUCCUAGAGCGUAUACCCCGCCAUUGAGCCAGUCGUACCAGACAUCGGCCAACGAGAGCGACGACUUGGAAGAUGGAAGUCCGGAAACCCAAGCGAACAUUCUGUCGGGGUCAGAGCCGCCCCGCACGACUCGUGCUUCCUCGGGUCCAAUUCCACGGCUGUCACUCCAAAUCGACGACGAUUCUUUUACCCGUCUACCGGGAAUCUCACAGACGAACGUCUCCGGUCGGCCAUCAUUUGGCUACUCACGUGACAACGGAAGCACCGUGGACACCGCGUCGCCCAUCUCGCGACCCUCUCUCGACUUUGUUUUUCGGAGUCGAACGCGGACCAGUACGGAUCCGGUUUCACGAGCCGCAACUAUCCAGGCGGCACGACAGGCAUUCGAGGAGAAAGAGGCAGCCAAGGCUCGCCGACUCGAAAAGCAACAGAUCAAAGCGGAAGAGCGGCUGACCAGGCGCCUGGUAAAGCGCACCACAUCCGAAGGCCAGAAUUCUCCGCCUACCCAAUCUCGUGAAGACUUCUCCGAGAAGAAGGAAGAUCAUGAAAGCCCCAUACGGGCCGCGCAGACGCACGGCGAAGAGCCGUCUACAUCAUGGAAGUCGCAGUCGAAAAGCACCUGGGUGCUUUUCAUGACGUGGCUUCGAACUCGAGUGUUCAAAUUCCGUCGGCGAAUCCGCAAGAUGAGCUGAGUCUUGGAGUGUUUCAUUUCAUUUCUUUAUGCUUUUCAUCUAGCGAUCUCGUUUUCUGCAAUGCAGGCAAUUUUGCAGCUCUAUUCAAGAGUGGAGUUUUGGCCACACUUGUAGUGUGAGCUCACGGUGUUUUUGAGGAUUCUGGAGUUACUCAUUUAGUUUUUAUCUUCAUGUGCUUAUCUUUUUUGCAAUAUGCAAGGGGUCAUCUGGAUCGACUCGACAGUGAAUCUAGCAAUUUUUCCCAUUUUUC